AUGCCCGCGCUCGCCCUUGCAGCCGUGCUCGCCCCUGGUGCCUGCGCUCGACCCUGUAGCCCGCGCUCGUCCCUGCAGCCUCGCUCGCCCCUGCAGCUCGCGCUCGCCCCUGCUGCCCGCGCUUGCCCCUGCAGCCGCCCUCGCCCCUGCAGCCCGCGCUUGUCCCAGCAGCCGCGCUCGCCUCUGCAGCCUGCGCUCGCCCCUACAGCCCGCCCCCUGCUGCCCGUGCUCGACUGUGCAGCCCGCGCUCUCCCCAGCAGCCGCGCUCGCCCCUGCAGCCUGCGCUCGCCCCUGCAGCCAGCGCUCGCCCCUGCUGUAGGGCCAGCGCUCGCCCCUGCAGCCCCCGCUCGCCCCUGCAGCUACGCUCUCCCCUGCAGCCCGCGCUCGCCCCUGCAGCCUGCGCUCGCCCCUGCAGCCGCGCUCGCCUCUACAGCCUGCGCUAGCCCCGGCAGCCCGCGCUCGCCCCUACAGCCAUGCUCACCCCUACAGCCCGCACUCGCCCCUGCAGCCACGCUCGCUCCUGUAGCCCGCGCUCGCCCCUGCAGCCAACGCUCGUCCCUGCUGCUCACGCUCGACUCUGCAGCCCGCGCUCUCCCCUGCAGCCGCGCUCGCCCCUGCAGCCGCGCUCGCCCCUGCAGCCCCCGCUCGCCCCUGCAGCUACGCUCGCCCCUGCUGCCCGCGCUCGCCCCUGCAGCCUGCGCUCGCCCCUGCAGCCGCGCUCGCCCCUGCAGCCUGCGCUAG